CUUCGUAAUUCUCAUAACUCCUGAAUGGAAAAAGCAUUAUCCGAAGGUGGGAAGGUUCUACGAGCUGGUAUAACACUCUUUGGCGGGAUAUUUUUGAUCGGUGUUUCCACUGACAAUGUGGAAGUAGCUAAAACACUGGGAAUAGGACUUGGAAUAGGACUAGGUCUGGGAACUGUGUAUGUUGGUUAUAAUUCAUUAAAACCAAUAAUCGAGGGUGCAGUUAAAAAAAGUGUUGGUGGCGAACGCGAUGAUCAGGACGUUCGUGACAUUCGACCAGGAUCUUUGCAUUUUGAGUUACACUGUUUCACAGACGAAAGGUUUCUGGAAGUCUUGGCGGAUUACGAAUCAGGAAAGAUGAAGGAACGCUUGCACGAAGAACUGUCGCUGGUUGGAAUUAAAGUUGAAGGACUGAAGGUGAAGAUUGAGAACAUGGAGGAGGUGAAUGAGACAAGGGACGCCAUAAAAACGAGAUCUUAUUUAAAGAGGGUGCAUGGCGAGAUGACGAGCAAUGUCAUGAGGGAGCUUAGCGAGAUGAUGAGUGAUAUCAGUAUGGAUGCUGUUGAUAGUGAGGGGUUAAAACAUAUUCAGCGAUUUAGUUUAUAA